CCACUUUAGAAUUUUCAAGAUAACGAUAUCUCUCUUGAAUAACGUAUCAAGUUUAUAUCCUGAUAGGUCAUGUGACAUUCAUUUUGGGAGUGCACAUAGAUACAAGAUGGGGCCCGGAAACAAUGCCUAAUCGAAUUGGAAGUCAGUCGUAAAUAGAACAAACACCGUUAUAAGUUCUUUAGUCAUUGAUAUAUUAAAAAAGCGUGUGUAUAUCUAACAUAAUGGAGGAGGAGCAUCGGAUAUGGCAUGAUAUUGAUCAUGAAUUAACUUCUAAUCUUCUAUCGAAGAUAAGUUUAAGUACAGAAUGUUCAAUAUGUUCUGAUACUAUGAAUAUUCCAUAUACUUUGGAAUGUGGGCAUACAUUUUGUUAUGAAUGUUUAAAGAAUUGGUUUAAGAAUAAAUUGAAUUGUCCUAGUUGUAGAUUUGAUAUUAUGCAUAAACCAGUUUUAAAUAUAUCAUUAAAAGAAAUUAUAAAAAACAUUCAAGAUUUAAAAUUAGACGUUCUAGUAAGUAUUGAUAAUCCUAAAGUAAUUGAAGAAAGAGCUCGAAUAUUACAUCAUCGAGAAGAUCAAUUAAAGAAUUAUGAAUUAGAUAAAGAACUGCAAUCAUUAUUUGAUAGCUUGUUUACCAAUUCUUCAGUUACAUUAAUAGAUAAUUCAGAUGGAGUACCGAGAUGUGGUAAUUGUCAUUGGGAAGCUCAUGGACCAAUUUGUAAUCAUUGUGGAUUUCGAAUUAGAGGUAAUAGAAAUAAUAGAGAAUUAUAUUAUGAUUCAAUGGAAGGGGAAGAUUUUGAUUUCGAUGGUGAUGAUGAUGGUGAUAGAGAUCUUGAAGAUGAUGAUAGUAUAGUACUUGAUCAUAAUAAUGAAGAUUAUGAUAGUGAUGAUAGUUUUGUAGAUACUAGACCUAUAAGUGAAGUGAUGCAAGAUCAAAGAUCUGAUGAUGGAUUACUUUCAACGGAUGAUAGUAGUGAUAAUGAUGAAGAUACUGUACAUACUGCCAUGCUUCAAGAUCAUUCUCAUCAUCAUCAAAAUUCAGAAGAUGAUGAUUGGCAAGGAUUUGAGAGUCCUACAACCUCAGAUGCAGAUGUCGAUCAUGAACAUCGGCAUGUUGAUCAUGAGCAUGAAGAUGUUCAUGAACAUUCUAUGCAUAAUACCCAUGAUGAACCAAUUGAACUUAGUGACGAUAAUGAUGAUGUGCAACUGCGAGAAUAUUACGAUAGUGAAGAUUUACGAGAUGCUCUUGAUCAAUUUCACGAGAGUGACUUACAUACCAUCAGUAGUGAUGAUGAUGAGCCACGAAUCGUUAUACGAAGAACAAGAGCUAAUCCUCGCGGGGUUCAACGGCCUCGUAGACGUGAAAUAACAUCUGAUGAUGAUUAACAGUACAUAGAAUAAUAGUAUAGUACAGUAUAGUACAGUAUAGUAUUAUAGUACAGUAUAAUAGUAUAGUACAGUAAAGUAUAAUAGUAUAGUACUACAUAUAUAGAGUAACCC